GGCGAGGAUGUAUGUAUGUAGCUUGAUACCGUAACAUGUUAGGCCUUACCAGGGACGUAGCUUUCUACGGGUGGCGAAGGGAUUCGAUUCAACCGAUAAACGAAGAGCCAUAUGCGUAAUUAUUACCUGUAACAGAAGCACAAAGAGGGAAUAAAAAGGAAUGGGGAGCACAGCUGAGAGCACCUUGUUGUGAUACAGUAGAUCUACGGCACAAGCACAAUCACACCAGCCACAGAGAGCGAACAAGUUCAAACAACAUUGCAAGGACACGGUACCGUGCUAUUUACCUGGCUAUCAUAGCUGUUACGACUGUACAAGAGGGACGCUCAGGCACAAUUUCUCGCAAUCUCACCUUAGAUGAAACAAAGAGCCAAACAACAACCAUAAAAAACACAGCCGAACAAAAUGGACGCCAAACGAACGGAACGCCUGGGGUUGACGCCCCUCGGACGAGGGAUGUGGCCUCUGCGUUAUCGAGUAGAUGCCAUCCCUCUCUUUGUUGGUUUGUCAUGUCUUGCCGCGAACUCCUACAUCCUUCUGCAAUGGCCACUGCUGUCUAUUGGAGACCGGAUCCUUUCUUUGUUGGUCAUGGGCAUUGUCUUGAGAAUGAUCAAUGUCAUCCAUCACAACCACAUUCAUGUCCCCGUCUUCCAAAGCGACGUGCUCAAUUGGCUUCUGAACAUUGGAUUCGGAAUGGUCGAUGCGAUUGCCCCCCUUACCUUUCGAAUCAAACAUUGCAAAAACCACCAUUCAUACCAUCACGCACCUGAAGACUGGAACAGUCCCUACAUCUUUGAGGGGGGCUCGUUCCCAGAUAAGCCCGUUCAUCCUCUGUAUUAUCUAUUCACCUUCGAGAUCAUGGCACAAGCUAAUUCACUCAUUGAAUGUACCAAGAUGGGACCAAAAGUUCUUGGACGCCUCAUCGUUGAGCAGUAUCUUUGGACGUAUGGGCACGGCUUUGUCCUGUAUGGAUUGGGCUACAUUGACUUUGUGCCGAUGCUUCUUAUCCUUUUCAGCCACCGACUGUCAGCUGUGGUUCUGGCGUUUGCCAACAUCAUUCAUCACGGCGGGCGCAACGGACGAGACCGGAAUGACAUUGCCAACACUGAUUUGAGUUUGAGUGGCACUGCCAUUCACUUCAAUGUUGGCUAUCACGCCGCCCAUCACUUGGACGCAAGAGUUCACUGGGCCCAGCUACCAGAGUAUCAUGAAAAAUUUGUCGUCCCCAAUUAUCCAAAGGCCAUCCACGGAGAUGAAACAUCCAAGAACCGACGACUCUAUCUGCAGUUGUUUGAGGAUUACCAUCUAAUGUCUGUGUGUGUCUGGUUCUUGGCCAAAGCAAUUAACUGGUGCACCUAUGCUAGUAGAGUUGAUGGCUUUGAGUUUGCUGCAAAUGCUUCCGCUGCUGGUCUUGAACUGUAAAGAUGUGUGUUUAUUAUAUGUCCUAUGCAUGGUUUCUGCAUGAGUCCAAGGCUUCGUGGGCUGGUGUUGCGAUGUCGAUGUACCUGGUACCAGGUAGCAAGCCUACACUAGAAGUAGUAAUCAAACUAAAUUCCCUCUCCUUGGCGAC